CCCCCUUUCCCCUCGUUCACAACCGACUCCUCCUCCGAUGUCAACGGCGACGAUGGCAAUGCCAACAUGGUGGUCUUCCUCCUUCCUCUUCCUUUCUUUCUCUUUCUCCCUUCUCCCAUGGUUUUUUUUUUUGGGAACUGCUUUCUCCUCCUCUUCCUUAUUCUUUCCUUCUUUUGAUCCUCUGUAUGCCAGAAAAAGCAGCAAUCCCGGUUGGUUUCAUCAACAGUGUGGAGAAGAAAGAUUCAUCUGUGUUAGUUAGAUCUAUAGGUCUAGGUUUCAAAUGAUAGAUUUCUGGUAUGGGUUUUUUGUUGGAAGGUGUUUCUCUCUCUCUAUUCCACAUUCCUCCCUUCUUCGUCCCAUCUCAUCUAGCUAGUCUUGCACCCCUGCCAUUGCUCUCCCUCCCUGCGUCGACAGUUCACGAUGAGCAGAUCUGGCUAGCCUCCAGGUCUCAAGAAAUACAUGGAUAAAAAGCUUUAGAGAAAGUUUUUCCUCAUUUUUUAUGUAUAUGAAUUUGAUUAAGUUUUUAGCUUACAUGAUCAUGUACUGUAAAUGCAUUUUAUAGUGUAAAGAAUAAAAAUUUUUUUGGAAGAUCUUGGAAAUUGGCUUUUAAUUUUGUGUUAAUGGAAAGAAUUUGUGAGUUAAAUUCAUGGGUUUGUUCUGGGUUUUUUCGAAUUUAUGAUUUUAUGUGAUCUUUUGUUUUGUUGAAUCUAUGAUAUUUAUCUUGAUUGUGUAGAUAGUCCUUGGUUAUCUUGAGCAAAUAACUUGGAUUGAUGGAU